CGCGGCUCCGGCCAUGGGGCUGGGCGGGCCCGGGGCUCGGCCGAGCUGAGGCGGUGGCGGCCCGCGCGCCCCUGGGGACCGCCCCCUCACCCUGCUCGCCGGCGCCUGGCUCUCAUGAUGAUGAAGAAGAAGAAGUUUAAGUUUAAGGUGGACUUCCAGCUGGAGGAGCUCUCCUCCGUGCCCUUCGUCAACGGGGUCCUCUUCUGCAAGAUGCGGCUGCUGGACGGCGGCAGCUUCACCGCCGAGUCCCCCAGGGAGGUGGUGCAAGCAAACUGUGUUCACUGGAGGAAGAAGUUCUCAUUUAUGUGCAAAAUGAGUGCAAGUGCCGCCACGGGCAUCCUGGAUCCUUGUGUCUACAGGGUGUCUGUGCGCAAGGAAUUAAAAGGUGGAAAAGCUUAUGCAAAGCUGGGCUUUGCAGAUCUAAACCUGGCAGAGUUCGCCGGAUCAGGAAAUACCACUCGUCGCUGUUUACUGGAAGGCUAUGAUACCAAAAAUACAAGACAGGAUAAUUCCAUUCUUAAGGUUCUAAUCAGCAUGCAGCUGAUGUCUGGUGACCCAUGUUUUAAAACGCCUCCUUCUACGUCAAUGUCCAUACCAAUUGCUGGGGAAGCCGAAUCUCUGGAAGAAGAUAGAAAAGGGGGAGAGACCCUCAAAAUCCAUCUGGGAAUAGCAGAUCUUUCGGCAAAGAGUGCCUCUAUUCCAGAUGAACUUGGUGCCUGUGGACACUCGAGAACGUCCAGCUAUGCAAGCCAGCAGUCAAGAGUAUCAGGGUACAGCUCCUGCCACUCCCGGUCUUCGAGCUUCUCCGAGGCCUGCCACAGGAGGAACACGUCCGUGGGAAGCACGUCCACGGGGAUUGAAAGUACCCUGGAGCCCUGUGAUGAAGUGGAGCAGAAAGGAGCGGAACCAAACCUGGACACAGCUGACAGGGAGGACGCAGCUGCCGAAGCGCUCAGCAGAUGCCCCGUGAAACAAGAUUCCGUAGAAUCUCAGCUGAAGCGGGUGGACGACACCAGAGUGGACGCAGACGACAUUGUGGAGAAGAUAUUACAGAGCCAGGACUUCAGCCUGGAUUCCAGUGCGGAAGAGGAAGGACUGCGGUUAUUCGUAGGCCCCGGGGGAAGGACCACCUUUGGCAGCCACCGCCGCGCAAACCGGGUGGUGUCUGGAGCUUAUGAACAAGUUGUGAUCAAGCGCUAGAAGCCAGGCUGGGGACCGGGACCCUCGCUGGGGGUCUGAGAUGUGGGCUGUUGAGCUGACAAGGCAUUGAUUCAAGCACAUCUGAGAACACGAACCUCUUUAAAGGGAGCCUGUCCCCCACCCCGUCCAGAGGAGAGCCAGCACUGGCUUCCUCUCUGAAGAGUGCGCGCUGCUGUCCUUCCUCGCCCCGGGAACACCGGAGCAGUGGGAUGGAGGCCGUGCCGCCUGCCUCCUGAGAGGUCCGCGGCUUCCGGGGUCACGGCCCGUGGCACAGGAAGGACUGCUUGUUCCUUCAGAGCAUCCUGGUCGCGAGAGCCGCACUCUCCACCAGAGUCUGGCUUUGCUGCCGAAGUACAAGACCUGCAACUGAGGUGCUCAACAGAUUCGGGCUCUUGAUUAUUUAAUCUUAUGUUUGAGAGACAAUAAGUGAAGAUAAAAACCCAAUAGAUUCUGUCAAGAGAGUUGCGAUUCCUGUUAAGGAAAUCCACCAUGUUAUACUACCUACAGUAUUGUACUAAGUUUAUUAACUCUUUUCAAUACAAUAAUUGAUAUAAAAGUGGGGGUGUUCAUGCUUUGAGAAAAAGUUAUACUACAAUUGAAACAUGUAAAAUGCUUGCUUAAUCUAAAUGUAUCAAUCAUAAGAUGAAAAACAAGUGGAUUUAAGUCUGAGAUCCAUGAAUGGGUACGAUGCCGUUAUUACGCAGUAUGUGUUGUUACUCCUUAAUACGGAAUGAGCUGCAGAACACCCACCAGCGCUAUGUACACAAUUCAGGAGAAGUCUAGUGUUCAGUGUAAGGCGCCCAACGUAAGGGCUGUCUUAACUAACUGAACAAUGUCUGCUGGUUUCAGGAGUCAAAGUUUAGAACAACUGGAGGAAAAUGGUGAUAGGAUGAAAAACAGAGCAGCCUUUGUCUGUAAGUUCACACUUUCCUGAAAUUGAAAAGGAUCCCAAGGCGGGAGUGGCUAAGAUGGGACAGCUGUUUGACCUGGACCCGUGGUCUUCUAUCUUAGCCCCUCCCCCUCCCAAGACUGGCUACUAUGCUUUCUUCUUACUGUAUCAGAGAUCAGCUGUUUUGAGGCAAGAAUAGACUAUAACAUACAUCAAACAGAGCUUUUAAAGUAAGGAAAUCUUAUCAGCACAGCAGAUAAACCUGAAGAGUUUUUCUGGUUUUAUGUGGCAGUUUCUGUGUGGAAAGAUCUUAAUUUUCUUGGAAUUGCUUAGUGAAAAAUGUAGAUUCUAUAAAACCAGAAAUUCCCAGUCUUUACAUUCAAAACCAUGUCCCAGUAACGUAAUAUGUUAGAAUUACUGUGGUCUAGGUAUUUUCAUGUUGGCAAAAUAAGGGGAAAAUGUUAUUUUUUAGAAAAUAGUAUUUUAAUAUCCAAAUUGAGAGGUUGGAGAACAUUUGAAUAGUUUGUCCUAGGGCUUUUGGGUCUUUUUUUUUUU